CGUGCAAAAGACCACGGUAGUGGAGGAGUGGGACGGCCCAUAGUGACGAACGACGUAUCGCGUUUGAACGCUGGGUGAGGUGCGCGAGGCGGCAGCGACAGUUGCGAACUCUAGAACACAUAUCUCACUCACAGACUCGCAGUUGGGGACGAAACGAUUUCGGUUAAUUUUAUCGCUAGUUUUCCCUUAUGGUUUCCGACGGCUGCUGCCGUUUUUCUCAAAAGAAUUUCAUAGUAUUUUUGAACAACCAACAAACGACGACGACAACAACAAACAGCAGCAGCUGACUGGCGGCGGCGCCCGCGACCCGCACUUACGUUCCUGAAUAUUAUGUGUUCGCGUGACGUGUUUUUUACGUCUGGCCAUCCACGAUUAUAGACGUUUAUCUCUACGACGCAUACGAUUAUUAUUGUUAUAUAUAAACACGUCGUGUGUCGUGUGACGUAUUACAGUUGAUUAUAUAAAUACAUAUAGACAUAUAGUAAUAAUAGUUUAUAAAUAUAUAUAUACACACAGUUGAGUACGCUAGGAUUGAGAUUAUACAUAGAAUUAUAAUAACAUUGGCACGCGGAUAGACAGCUGCUAUCGAAGAGUUUUGUGAUAACAGUCAAUACCACCGCCGGUUUGUGUACGUUUAGUCAUAGGAUUUUUUACGUUUCCCUUCCGAGUGGAAAAUCUCUCCCCAGACUUUUUCCACCCUUUCACGCGUGGCAACUUUCAGUUGUGCGAUCUGCGUGCGCCAUUUGUAACUCACGAUUGUGUGUGAUGUCCGACAACAGUGACGGUAACAGAUUGUCUGGACGCGGCGACGUCUAUCGUUCCAGCGAAACAAGUGCGGUGGUCGAUACGCCGUCGGGACAACAACAAACGACAGCAAAUUACAAAACAUUAACUGACAAAAGUUCUAAUGACAUCUUAUCUGAAUACUUAUUGUUGGAGUUGGGGCAGAGUAAAAAGGAAAUAUUCAACUAUGUGCAUUUAAGCCAAUCAAUGAGAAUAACUAACAUCAAUAAUAAUAAAAAAUUGCUCAACACGAUUUUGCACUCCAAGGUAAUAAACACACAGUUGGAAGUAGAAGUUGUAUUAUCGUGUUUGGGAGUCAAUAGUUGUCAAACUCCGUCCAAGCCUCUGCAAGCUAUUAAUACAAAAGACCACAAGAACAGGAAUGAUCACAAAGAUAGAGAUGACCACAAGAACGCAAAUGACCUAAAGCACGAGGAUGACUACAAAGACAGAGUUGACCCCAAGGACAAAGAAAUGAUGUCAUCAUCUAUUGGUCCAUUGAUUUUACAAUUUACACAAUUAGAAGAAUCAAAUUUCAAAAAUCAGUUUUUUGUCACCAGAAGUUCAUUUCAAAUAGUUUGCCGUCAUUUAAUGCAAGAAUACGGAAGUAUGGCAUACAAGAGGACUGAAAUAGAUGUUGAAAAACAAUUGCUGGUUACUCUAACUUAUUUGGGAACUGUUCUGAGUUACAAGGAAAUUGGAUCAAAAUUUAACAUUGCUAUUAGCACAGCUCAUAAAUGUGUUAAUGACGUUACAAAUACAUUGUUUAAACGUAUGGGUGAACUUAUCUAUUGGCCGAUUAAUCAACAAGCUGAUUCAGAAAUAAAAGCAUUCAACGAAAUGCCUGGAAAUCAUUUUCCUGAUAUACUUGGUGUCAUUGGAAUGGUUGACUUGAAAAAAACUUGCACAGCUAAUCCAUCCAAACACACCAAAGAUGGAUCUUCAAUCGCAAUUCAGUGCGUUUGCAACAACAGAUAUCAGUUUUAUAAUGUUUUCACCAGUUAUUUGCUCAAAUCAUCUGUUACCACAUCAACAUUCCUAGAGAGUCCAUUAGCUGAAAUGAUUCUUAAUGAUCCAGACACACUGUUUCCAAACAGCUGGAGUCAUAUUGUCGGACAAUGCUGUUUUCCCCUUCUACCCAAUUUAAUGACUCCAUUUUCUGGUGAUACUUGUAAUACAAUAUCACAAAAUACCUACAAUAAUGCUAUUGAGGUACCAUUAAACAUUAUAAAGUUGGCGUUUGGAAAACUCUUGGGGCGUUUCACAAGACUGUUGUGCUUAGAUUUAUGGGGACAAGACAAAUUUGCCAUACUAAUAUUUGCAGCCUGUUGCUUGCACAACCUAUGUUUAGGUAACAAUGAUGACAUACACUGUCCGCCUUACGAGUGCUGUACUUUUAAAUGUGAUUAUUAUGAUGAGUAUAGUGUUCAAAAACGGCGAGAAAUAUGCUCCAAAAUUAAAUCUUAAGUUCUAUAAACCACAGGUUAAUUGUUUAAUACAAUAUUGUACAAAUGUAUAUAAUUUAAGUAAAUAAAAUUAACAACAAAGUAAGCAUUGAA